CUAUGCGUUCUAUUAAUAAGUCGAUCACGAUCAGCUGAUCACGCCUUUCUGUAUAAAGCACACGACCGGCUAUGGCGGCUCCUCUUGCGAAAUCCACAAUGAUGUUAAAGAAUGCUUUUAAAUAUGCUGGACUACGAGGAAUAUCCACUUCUCGUCCAGCCUCUGCACAGCUUACAGUGAGAGAUGCCCUCAACUCCGCCAUUGAUGAAGAAAUGGAAAGAGAUGAGCGAGUUUUCAUUCUGGGUGAAGAAGUUGCUCAGUAUGAUGGAGCCUACAAGAUUUCUAGGGGCUUGUGGAAAAAGUAUGGCGAUAAACGUGUCAUUGAUACCCCCAUCACUGAGAUGGGCUUUGCUGGUAUUGCCACAGGUGCUGCUAUGGGAGGACUACGACCUAUUUGUGAAUUCAUGACAUGGAACUUUUCCAUGCAAGCAAUCGAUCAUGUAAUUAACUCAGCUGCUAAAACCUUCUAUAUGUCAGCUGGAUUAGUCAAUGUACCCAUUGUCUUCAGAGGACCUAAUGGAGCUGCAGCUGGAGUUGCUGCCCAGCACUCGCAGUGCUUUGGUGCAUGGUAUAGCCACUGUCCUGGCCUGAAGGUUGUAGCUCCCUAUUCCGCGGAAGAUGCCAAAGGUUUGCUGAAAGCUGCAAUUCGUGAUCCUGACCCUGUCGUUUGUCUAGAAAACGAAAUUAUGUACGGAACUGCUUUUGACGUUUCUGAAGAGGUUUUGUCUAAGGACUUCAUUGUGCCCAUUGGCAAAGCUAAAAUCGAGCGUGUUGGUAAGCACAUAACUUUGGUAGCCUUCUCCCGAGCAGUUGCUACGUGUUUAGAUGCCGCAAAGGAGUUGAGUGCCAUUGGCAUUGAAGCCGAGGUGGUCAAUCUCCGAAGUCUACGACCAUUAGAUUUUGAUACCGUCAUGGAAUCAGUGAAAAAGACAAAUCACUUGGUGUCAGUAGAGCACGGCUGGCCACAGUCAGGUGUAGGCGCUGAAAUUGUUUCUCGAAUGGUUGAAGGCCCAGGAUUUUAUUAUCUCGAUGCCCCACCCGUCCGUGUGACCGGCGCUGAUAUCCCAAUGCCCUACGCCAAGACUCUCGAAGAUAAUUCUCUUCCUCAAGGAAAAGAUGUGGUCCGAGUUGUUAAGAAAAUUCUGAACGUGCAAUAGUUGGACUAAGUUCGACACACCAGUGAGACAAGACCAACAUCAAAAAUUUCCUAGAUCUUGUAUACUAUCUUUCUCUCUCAUUCUUUUCUCGUGCCGAUGUGUAAAUCUUCAUGGGUAGUCUAAAGAAGCAUCAACUCGGAAAUUUCGAGUUGUUAACUGUAA